AUGCAAUUUUUUAUACUCUUCCUUCUUAUUAUCGGACCGUCCAGCGCCAGCCUGGAGAUUCGUCAAGCACCGCCCCCCAUACAGAAAUCCGAUCCACCAGGCAAACAAAUUGCCGACGCAGCACGUAAGGGCAUAGCAAAUUGGGGGCCAAACGAUGCACUGAAGCCCAAGGGCUCUCAAGGCCCUCUGAGAGAAAUGCCCUGGGGUCUAGGCGUGCCUCAGCCUCCAUCCAAGCCCUUUGAUCCGUCUAUCAAAAUUGGAGUGACGAGAGUACCAGGUGAGCCUCUUGGACCAAAGAAGAAGUGCAAACCGUGCAAAAGGAAGAGGCAGCUUUGUUGUGGCAGCACAGGCGGGUCUACAAAGCCGUUGAAAGGGUCCUCCAAGACUGGUCAAGGCCGUCCGGCUUACAAGUCCAGCAAAAUGCAGGUGACCAAGGCGGGGGUGGGAAAGGCAAGUGCUUUUCUUAUCUUGUCACCGUAUGUGCGUGACUUGCUUGAACUGUUGGAGGAGUGGGAUCGCCCUAUUGGAGACGCUGUACGCUGGUUGAACAGUGCGACAGCCUCUAUCCAGGAGGCCAUUGGAGGUCCCGCGCGGGAUGAUAUUUACGGGAAUGACCUAAAGGCAGCGUUGAUAUGUGCGUUGAAAGGAGGAAACGCGAAGGAUUAUAUUGCCGGACGAAAGAAUAAGAUAUGCAUCCCCAAGGCUGAUGAAUUCAAGGAAAAACUUGAGGAGGAUAUUAAGGAGGGAAAGCUCGAUGAGCUCAUUGCGGUGUGUCAAAACUGGGAGACGCAUGUGAAUGAAAAUAAGCCCGUUGAAGAAUGGUUUAAGGGCUACUGUGCGGCGUUUCAUCGCACCGACGAAUAUGCGGAGCGGAUAUGGGAGACGGGGCUUAACGCGCUCUUGGAUUCUUGUUCUGAAUUUGGGAUUAAUGCUCCCGAGAAUGAAGAUGUUUGGACUGAACUGGAAGAGCGCUGUACGGCGUUCCAAGCAGAUGUAGAGAGUGUGGAGAAGGCAGCGAAAAAACCGGCCGAAGGAAUCCCAAAGAUAAUAGCUGGGAGAUGCAAGUGUGAUGCCUAUAACUUGCCACCAUCUACCGACCCCUGCCUCAACACUUGUCUGGCUUGCUUUCUCUUGGGCGGUUUCCAGCUGGAAGUGAGUGACCAAGAGAUAACCCCCGAGCUACCAAAGAAGUGUCAGGACUCGACCGGCGAAAUCCCCUGUGGAGGCGGGCAGACGACAGCAGAGCUCCAGACGGGCCGUACUGUUUGUGCAGUUUGCGCGUACGCUUGGGAUCCGGAGGGCGGCAAAUGCAGGGAUGUGAACGGGGUCCUCGUGUGGCCGCGACCUCCAUCUGCCAAUACUGAACCAUCGAGCCCUCCGGAGUCACCAGGCAAGUGUCGCGACUCGACUGGCCAAAUCCCAUGUGGAGGCGGGCAGACGACGGCAGAGCUUGAGACGGGCCAUGUUGUCUGUGGAGUUUGCGGGUUUACCUGGGACCCGGAGGGCGGCAAAUGCAGGGAUAAGGCCGGAGCGGUUAUCUGGGGGCGAGAGUCGUAG